AUGUCAGAAAUCGAAGCUCCAACUGUGGUCCACGUUGACCCCAAUGAAGCCGGCAUCUACGAGAUACCCAGUUUAUGCAUGAACUGUCGCGAUGAGGGUAUCACGAGGAUUCUUCCCAUUAAGAUCCCGUACUUUAAAGACAUCCUUCUCGAAUCCUUCUACUGCGAGCACUGCGGGUGGGAGAAUAAGACGGUCAAGAGCGCAGGACAGAUUCAAGAGGCGGGAUCAAAAUACACCUUCAGACUAGACGAACCAAAGGAUCUCCAACGGCAAAUAGUCCGGAGCGACACCGGUGUUUUCCGCAUCGAGGAUCUAGACCUCGAAAUGCCUCCUGGCCCCGGCCAAUUGACCAACCUCGAGGGAAUCAUCACGAAAAUCAAAACCGAUCUCGAGUAUGACCAGCCAGAGAGAAAGCAAACGAACCCGGAACUCUAUAAUGCGCUUCAAGGCAUCAUUCAAAAAUUGGAUGAUAUGUUGCAGGGCAAAGCAUUUCCAUUUGUCGUCACGGUGGACGAUCCUUCGGGCAAUUCAUUUAUCGAACCUUCUCCCGAAGAAGACAAAGGCAACAAAUACAAGCGGCUGGACUAUAUCCGGACGCGCGCGCAGAAUGCGCAGCUGGGACUCAUCGCAGACGACGAGGUGGAGAAGGAUGGCGUGGGAAUGGACGACGUCGACAUUGUGGACAACCAAGUUUACGAACUGCACUCGGAGUGUCCCGCUUGCUCGAAACCCUGUACCGUCAACAUGAAGAAGACCAACAUUCCGCACUUCAAGGAUGUUAUUAUCAUGGCCACGGUGUGCGACUACUGUGGAUACAAGACCAACGACGUCAAGACCGGGGGAGAAAUCCCGGAGAAAGGAAGACGGAUAACUUUGGAUGUCAAGAACAUCGAAGACAUGUCUCGAGACAUUCUGAAGUCGGAGACUUGCGUCUUGAAGAGUGAUGACCUCGGCUUGGAAGUGCAGCCUGGCACACUCGGCGGGCGAUUCACCACUGUCGAAGGCUUGCUUACGCAAGUGCGGGAUCAAUUGCACAGCCAGAUAUUUGACCUUGGCGACUCAGACCUGGCUCCAGGAGAUUCUAUGCCGGCCGAAACCAAGGAGAGGUGGGACAAGUUCUUUGACAAGCUGGAUCGCGCAAUCAAGGCCGAGUUCCCUUACUCGAUCACGCUGGAGGAUCCCUUGGCCAAUUCAUACGUGCAGAAGAAUGUGGAUUCGGGCGAUGAUCCUCAGAUACGGACGGAAGAAUAUGAGAGAACCGACGAGGAGAAUGAGGAUCUUGGUUUGAAGGACAUGAAGGUGGAGGGUUACGAGAACGACAACGCGACUACCAAUGGAACUGCAUCAUGA